CAUUGCUGUUGGUGUUUAUAUGGGUAUAGUGUUACGAUGCAGCUUUCUAGAUGCAAUGCUUUGGAGAUGUAGGUUGUUAAUAGCCUGUAAAGACGACAAGGCCUAGUGUUUAUGUGAAGCACUGUGCUACUGUUUUAGCUGAAUGACAAUGCUGCCAAGCAAAGCCGGUUGGACUGUCAUGGAAAGCUCUUAGCCUAGCUAGCUUACGUGGUUAGCUGUCUUGACGAAGUUGCCACUCUGUUAUUUUGUCCCACUACCUGCUUAUGAAGUGUAUAAUAAUUUGCUUGAGAUUUUGGGUAACUUGUUACGACAAAAAAAUCUCUACAGUUGGGUUUCCAGACACAUAAAUAGCACGGUGCUCAGAAGAUUUGCUUGGCUAGCUUCUGCUAAGAGCGUGUCUUUCACGUAGCAUUCAAAGAUGGAGGUGGAGCAGCUCCUGUCUCUGUCAGGUCCGGCUCUGGCUCAGGCCAUCAGCUCCCUUCUGGAGACGCCAGGACUUUACGUCUUCUCAGACAUCCUGGAACUGCCCAAUGUUCGAGAACUGGAGGCAAGUCCCCAUGCUCCAGUGUAUCAGCUGCUCAAUCUCUUUGCCUAUGGAACCUACUCCGACUACAAAGAGAAAGCAGCCUCGCUCCCUGAGCUGACCCCUGCCCAGAGGAACAAGCUGAGACACCUGUCAAUCAUCAGUCUGGCCUCCAAUCUGAAGUGUCUGCCGUACUCUCUGCUGCUGCAGGAGCUGGAGCUGAAGAACGUGCGUGAGCUGGAGGACCUGCUGAUUGAGGCCAUCUACUGCGACAUCAUCCAGGGCAAGCUGGACCAGCGCAACCAACAGGUGGAGGUGGACUGCAGCGUGGGCAGAGACCUGGGGCCCAACGAACUGCCCAACAUCAUCAACACGCUGCAGGAGUGGUGUGCUGGUUGUGAGGCUGUGUUGUGUGGCAUCGAGGAACAGAUUUCCAGAGCCAAUCAGUACAGAGAAAGCCAGCUCAAGGUCAAAGUUCAGGUAGAGACAGAGGUGUCUAAUUUACAGAAGACCCUGAAAGCCAGUUCCGCCUCUCCGUCCUCCGGGCCCGCCCCGGCCGGAGCGGCGUCCAAUCAGGAUGCGGACCAGCCGGCCGAGCCGCGAGACCCCGCCUCCUCUCAGGAACCACGGCAACCCGGCAAGAAGAGUUCCAAAGUCAAAGGGCUCCGUGGAAGUGGGAAGAUCUGGUCAAAGUCCAACUGAGGUCGUCCAGGCCGCCAAGACUUCUCCAGUCUCACAGACGGGGGAAAGAAGAACGCAACAGAACAGAUAGACAGACAGUCAAGACAAGAUAGCAGAUAGACAUACAGCAGACACCAGGCAGUCACGCACACAUCGCAAGGCUGGCUGGCUGACGACUACAUACCACUGACGGACUAAAUACACUGACUGCUACACAUAAUCCGGACUCUUAAAAGAGAACUCCCAGUUGAAUUGCUAUGGAGUCUACAAUCACAUAUGGAAAGCCUGGUGGAUUAGACACACUGUGUGUUUGUGUGUGUGUGUGUGUGUACUGUAUGUGUGCGCGUGCGCGUUUGUGUAUAUUUGGGUGUGUGUAUGUAAAGCGUGGGUGUUCUUUAUUGUAAUUCCUUCUCACUUUUUGCUUUUGUUUUCUUUUGUCCUUUUUUUGGGAAGUGGGUGGGUGGGUGAUUGUGUUGAGCACGGUCUGAUCUGUGUCAUCAGGAUGUGAAGUGUUAACUGAAUAAAAUUGCCCCUUGCACCACUC